GGAAAUAUUUGGAAAAAUUUCACUAUAAAUCUAGAAGAUCCUACACCAUUUUUUACAAAUGAUACACUUGAUAGUAUUAUUCCUGGUCUAAAUGAACCAAGUAAAUAUCAAAUCAAUAAUUAUCUAGCUCCAAUCGUCGACAAGUUAGUUGAUUUUGCUUCUGGUAUAGAUUUACCAGCAACAUUCGAAUAUAAAAAAGUAUGCAAAAUUUAUGUCACAUUGAUUCUAUCAUCAAAUGAUGUUCCAGCUACAAGAAAGAUUUGUGGUUAUAUAAGUUAUACAGUGAAAUAUCAUUGCUGUCUAAAACAUGCAAUAUAUGAUAAUUUAUCUAAAAGAAGUCACUAUAGUAAUUUUGAAAAUAUAGAUGAAUGGUUUAAUCUGGUAGACAUAACAAAAUAUUUUGAUGUAGCAAAAGAAAAGUUAAAUUGUAUAAAUAAACAGGAAAGAGAUGAUCAU